UCGGAGCCGGCGAGACCCAACUGCUGAGGGCGCCAGCCCCACUCAGCCACCUCCAGCUCCCAAGCCGGGGAGCGCUCGCUGACCGCCCCGCGGGCCGGAGAGCAGGGAGCAGCGGUCCCCGCAGCCCCAGGGAUGGUCUAGGGGCCGCCCCGGCUCUCCGCUUCCAGCCGAUCGCCCGAGGCUGCGAGCCGCGGGGCUGCGCGCCUGGGCGGCCCAGGCCGGAGAAGUUAGUUGUGCGCGCCGCUUAGUGCGCAGAGCCAGCGAGCGAGCCAGUGAGCCAGUGAGAGAGGCAGCGAGGCGCCAGGACCAUGGGCUGGGGCUGGGGAAGCCGCUGCUGCUGCCCGGGACGGCUGGACCUGCUGUGCGUGCUGGCGCUGCUCGGUGGCUGCCUGCUCCCGGUGUGCCGGACGCGCGUCUAUACCAACCACUGGGCGGUCAAAAUCGCCGGCGGCUUCCCGGAGGCCAACCGCAUAGCCAGCAAGUACGGAUUCAUCAACAUAGGACAGAUUGGGGCCUUGAAGGACUAUUACCACUUCUACCACAGCAGGACGAUUAAAAGGUCAGUUCUCUCGAGCAGAGGAACCCACAGUUUCAUUUCAAUGGAACCAAAGGUGGAGUGGAUCCAACAGCAAGUGGUGAAAAAACGGACAAAGAGGGAUUAUGAUCCCAGCCGUGCCCAGUCUACCUACUUCAAUGAUCCCAAGUGGCCAAGCAUGUGGUACAUGCACUGCAGUGACAACACACAUCCCUGUCAAUCAGACAUGAAUAUUGAAGGAGCCUGGAAGAGAGGCUACACGGGGAAGAAUAUUGUGGUGACCAUCCUGGACGAUGGCAUUGAGAGAACCCAUCCGGAUCUGAUGCAAAACUAUGAUGCUCUGGCAAGCUGCGAUGUGAAUGGAAACGACUUGGACCCAAUGCCUCGUUAUGAUGCAAGCAAUGAGAACAAGCAUGGGACCCGCUGUGCUGGCGAAGUGGCAGCCGCUGCAAACAACUCUCACUGCACUGUCGGAAUUGCUUUCAAUGCCAGGAUCGGAGGUGUGCGGAUGCUGGAUGGAGAUGUCACAGACAUGGUGGAAGCGAAGUCAGUCAGCUUCAACCCCCAGCACGUUCACAUUUACAGUGCCAGCUGGGGCCCAGACGAUGAUGGCAAGACUGUGGAUGGACCAGCUCCCCUCACCCGGCAAGCCUUCGAAAAUGGCGUGAGGAUGGGGCGGAGAGGCCUUGGCUCUGUGUUUGUCUGGGCAUCUGGUAAUGGUGGAAGGAGCAAAGACCACUGCUCUUGUGAUGGCUACACCAACAGCAUCUACACCAUCUCCAUCAGCAGCACAGCAGAAAGUGGAAAGAAACCUUGGUACCUGGAAGAGUGUUCGUCUACACUGGCCACAACCUACAGCAGUGGAGAGUCCUAUGAUAAGAAAAUAAUCACUACAGACCUAAGGCAACGGUGCACAGACAACCACACUGGGACAUCAGCCUCAGCCCCCAUGGCUGCUGGCAUCAUCGCGCUGGCCCUGGAAGCCAAUCCGUUUCUGACCUGGAGAGACGUACAGCAUGUUAUUGUCAGGACAUCCCGUGCGGGACAUUUGAACGCUAAUGACUGGAAAACCAAUGCUGCUGGUUUUAAGGUGAGCCAUCUCUAUGGAUUUGGACUGAUGGAUGCAGAAGCCAUGGUGAUGGAGGCAGAGAAGUGGACCACUGUCCCCCAGCAGCACGUGUGUGUGGAGAGCACAGAUCGACAAAUCAAGACAAUUCGCCCCAACAGUGCAGUGCGCUCCAUCUACAAAGCCUCAGGCUGCUCUGACAACCCCAACCACCAUGUCAACUACCUAGAGCAUGUUGUAGUGCGCGUCACCAUCACCCACCCUCGCAGGGGAGACCUGGCCAUCUACCUGACGUCACCCUCAGGAACCAGAUCCCAGCUUUUGGCCAACAGGCUAUUUGAUCAUUCCAUGGAAGGAUUUAAAAACUGGGAGUUCAUGACCAUUCAUUGUUGGGGAGAACGAGCUGCUGGUGACUGGAUCCUUGAAGUUUAUGACACUCCCUCCCAGCUGAGGAACUUCAAGACUCCAGGUAAAUUGAAAGAGUGGUCCUUGGUCCUCUAUGGCACCUCUGUGCAGCCAUAUUCCCCAACCAACGAGUUUCCAAAGGUUGAACGAUUCCGCUACAGCCGAGUGGAAGACCCCACAGAUGAUUAUGGUGCAGAGGAUUAUGCAGGUCCCUGUGAUCCUGAAUGCAGUGAGGUUGGCUGUGAGGGGCCAGGACCAGACCACUGCAAUGACUGCUUGCACUACUACUAUAAGCUGAAAAAUAACACCAGGACCACAGAGAAAAAUCUUUGCCGGAAAUGUAGUGAAAACUGCAAGGCAUGUACUGAUUACCAUAACUGUACAGAAUGCAGAGAUGGGUUAAGCCUGCAGGGAACACAGUGUACUAUCACCUGCGAAGACGGACGCUUCUUCAACGGCCAGGACUGCCAGCCCUGCCACCGCUCCUGUGCUACUUGUGCUGGGGCUGGAGCCGAUGGAUGUAUUAACUGCACAGAAGGUUAUUUCAUGGAGGAGAGGAGAUGCGUGCACAGCUGCAGUAUCAGCUAUUACCCACACUGCUCCGAGAAUGCAUACAAGUCCUGCAGAAAGUAAGUGCAUCUGCCCCUGCCCCACCCCAACCCUGGCACUCAGCACCUGGUAAGCACACCUCCUUGUGGGAACGGAUUGAAAAACUUAGGAAUGUGUCAGAUGGGAGCCAUCUGCAAGGAUGGAGAAUAUAUUGAUGAGCAUGGCCACUGCCAAGUCUGUGAUGCCUCAUGUGCCCAGUGCUGGGGGCCAACCCAGGAAGACUGCACCAGUUGCCUCAUCACAAGAGUCUUUGAUGAUGGCCGCUGCAUUCUGAACUGUCCCUCAUGGAAAUACGAAUUUGAAAAGCAAUGCCAUCCAUGCCACCAUACCUGCCAAGGAUGUCAAGGAAGUGGGCCUUCCAACUGUACCUCCUGUGGAGCGGACACACAUGAUCGAGAGCUAUUCCUAUACCAGGGUGAGUGUCGCGAGAGCUGCCCAGUGGGCCACUACCCCACCAAGGAACACACCUGUCUGCCCUGCCCAGACAACUGUGAGCUUUGCUACCACCCACAUGUCUGCACCAGAUGCAUGAGCGGUUACUUCCUAGUGUCUACCACCUGCCAGAAAUUGGAAUGCGGACAAGGUGAAGUCCAAGAUUCUGACUAUGAAGAAUGUAUGCCUUGCGAGGAAGGAUGUCUGGGAUGCAGCAUAGAUGAUCCAGGAACCUGUACCUCGUGUGCUGUAGGGUAUUACAUGUUUGAACACCAUUGUUAUAAAACCUGCCCUGAAAAGACCUUCAGUGAAGAAUGGGAAUGCAAACCAUGCAACAUUAACUGUGGCAACUGUGACCGGAAUGAGUGCUACUGGUGUGAAGAGGGCUUCUUUCUCUCAGGUGGCAACUGUGUGCAGGAAUGUGACCCUGGCUUCUACGGUGACCAAGAAGUGGGAGAGUGUGAGCCCUGCCACCAAGCCUGCAAGACUUGCACCAGCUUCGGCUAUGACGAAUGCAGCAGCUGUCAAGAAGGUCUGCAGCUGCGGCUGGGGAUGUGUGUCCCACCCGCUCAGGCCCAGGUGGAUGGCAAGUUCUGGAAUGAAGCUGUACCCACUGUAAACCCAUCUUUGAUGAAGAGCCUGCUGCAGGAGCGAAGAAAGUGGAAGGUUCAGAUCAAAAGAGACGUUUUGAGACAAUCUCAACCUUGUCAUUCUUCUUGUAAAACCUGCAAUGGAUCUCCAACUUUGUGCACCUCGUGUCCAAAAGGUGCUUAUCUAUUGGAGCAGGCCUGUGUUUCCUCCUGUCCCCAAGGCACAUGGCCCUCAGUCAGAAGUGGCAGCUGUGAGAACUGUUUAGAGGACUGCGCCUCUUGCUCUGGAGAUGAUCUUUGUACAAAGUGCCUGACACAGCCUGACCGCCCCCUCUUCCUGUACGAAGGCAGGUGCUACCACAGGUGCCCUGAGGGCUUCUAUUCGGGAGAUGGCAUCUGUGAGCGCUGUAGCUCUCCCUGCAGAACUUGUGAAGGAAAUGCCACCAACUGUCAAUCUUGUGAAGAAGGCUUCGUCCUGGACCAUGGAACAUGCCCCCAGACCUGCCCUGAGAGACAUGUGGCUGUGGAUGGCGUGUGCAAGCAUUGCCCAGAGAUGUGCCAGGAGUGCAUCCAUGAGAAAACAUGCAAAGAGUGCUUACCUGACUUCUUCCUGCAUGAUGACACGUGCCAUCAGUCCUGUCCCCAGGGCUCCUACCCAGACUUGCGCCAGUGUGUUCCCUGCCAUGAAGACUGUCUGGAGUGCAGUGGUCCCAAGGCGGACAACUGUGAGCUCUGUGCUGACACAUCCAUGUUCCUCUACAACGGGCAGUGCUUAACUGAGUGUCCCAUGGGAACUUACUAUGACGAGGAGACUGAGGCCUGCAGAGAUUGCCACGAGUACUGCCAGACCUGCUUGUCAUCUAGCGCCUGCACGACGUGUCGGGAAGGCCUGAGGAAGAACAAGCACGGGGCCUGUGUGCCUCACCAGGAGUGUGCUGCCAUCGAGUACUGGGAUGAGGAUACUCACAGGUGCCAGCCGUGUCAUAAGAAGUGCCUGCACUGCUCGGGGCCCACUGAGGACCAGUGUCACACCUGCCCAAGGAACAGCAUUCUUCUCAACACGACCUGCGUGGAAAACUGCCCAGAGGGCUACUACGCUGAUGAGGACAGCCACCGGUGUGUGCCCUGCCACAUCUCUUGCAGGACCUGUGAAGGACGACACAGCAUGCAAUGCCUUUCCUGCCGAUCUGGCUGGUUCCAGCUGGGCAAAGAGUGCCUGAUCCAGUGCAGGGACAGAUAUUAUGCAGAAAACUCCAGUGGCCAGUGUAAGAAGUGCGACAAGAGCUGCAAGGCCUGCCGGGGCCCGCGGCCCACAGACUGCCUGUCUUGUGAUAAGUUUUUCUUCCUACUCCGCUCCAAGGGACAGUGUUACCGCACCUGCCCAGACCAUUACCACGCAGAGCAACGCACUCGGACCUGUGAGAGGUGCCAUCCAACUUGCGGUGAAUGCAAAGGAAAAGGAGCAUUGGACUGCUUGUCCUGUGUGUGGAGUUACCACCUCAUGGGAGGAAUCUGCACGUCGGACUGUCUUGUGGGGAAAUACAGAGUGGGAGAGGGAGAGGAAUUUAACUGUGCCAAGUGCCACGAGAGCUGCAUGGAAUGCAAGGGACCCGGCACCAACAACUGCACGGUGUGCUCGGCCGGCCUGCUGCUGCACUUGGACGACAGCCGCUGCCUCCCCUGCUGCAACACCUCCCAUGCCACCAGUCCUUCCACUGACAACCAGGAGGAGUGCUGUGACUGCCAGGACACCACAGAGGAGUGCAUCCUUCGAACAAGGGAGACUGGGCCUGCAGCUGAGCGCCUCAAGACUCCUCUGCUAGUCACCUCCUCCAUCGUGCUGGUGCUCCUGCUGGGGGCCUCUGUGGUCGUCUGGAGAAAGUCUUGGGGCCGAGUCCAGACAGUAAGGAAGCCUGGCUAUGAAAAGCUGGCUGACCCUAGCAAGUCUCAUUCCUCCUAUAAGAGCAGCUAUCACCAGAACAUCAGCUUCGAAGAGGAUCAGGUGAUCGAGUACAGGGACCGGGACUAUGAUGAGGAUGACGAGGAUGACAUCGUUUACAUGGGCCAAGAUGGCACCGUCUACCGGAAAUUUAAAUAUGGGUUAUUAGAUGAUGAAGAUGACGAUGAGCUGGAAUACGAUGAUGAGAGUUACUCCUAUCAGUAA